AUGGCGACCAGCCGGAAGUGGCGCCGUCCCGACCGGAAGUUGCCCGUUUUCUUCCUCAUUUUUACCCCAAAACCAUCCCUAAACCACCUAAAAAGCACCAUGAGGCCCCUUUUUAUCCUCAUAUUUAACUGUUUUACCCCAAAGCGCUCCAAAACCGCCCUUUUUUGCCCCAAACCGCCCAUUCCCCUCCUCCUGGCACCGCCCCCCCGCCGCUGCGAGGCGCCGGAAGUGCCGAGGCCUCCGACCGGAAGUGAAGCGGCCGCCAUGGGCUCGUCCAAGAAGCACCGUGAGCGCGGCGGCGGCGGCUCCGAAGGGCCCGAGGAGGCUCCGGCGGCCGCUCCCGGCGGCGCCCAAGCCCCGGCCAGUCCCCCGGCGCCGGCCGCGGCCGCCAGAGGCUCCCGCGAGCACCGCAAGCGCCGCCGCCGCGCGUCCGGGGAGCGCCGGGGGAAGCGCAGCCGCUCGCGGGGGCCCGAGCGCGGCGGGAACGGAGCGAACGGAGCGAACGGAGCCGCCGGCAGCGGCCCCGCGGCCCCCAGGAGGCCCGAGGACACGGCCCGGGGCGGCCAUGGGCGCGGGGCGGCGGCGGCCGAGGGCGAGCGGCGCGGCAAGAGGGAGCGCAGGGACGAGAGAGACGAGCCCGGGAAAAGCGACUCCAGCGGCGGCCUCAGCGUGGAAGAGACCAACAAGCUCCGGGCCAAACUGGGACUGAAGCCACUGGACACAGCCCCAGCCAAGAAAGCUGAGGCUGGGACCAAGGAGGAGCCGCUGGUGGGCGCCAUCGUGAACCCGCUGCUGGGGCGGCACCGGGACGAGCUGAGGGAGAAGCUGGCGGCGGCCAAGGAGAAGCGGCUGCUCAACCAGAAACUGGGGCGCGUGCGGCCGCUGGGGCAGGAGGAGCCGUGGCUGGACGACGCAGCCGCCUGGAUCGAGCGCAGCCGGCGCCUGCAGCACGAGAGGGAGCUGGCCCACAGGAGG